AUGCAUGUGAAGCGACGCCGGGCGCUCCAGAUAGUCACGUGGAAUGUGGGGAGGGCGUCGCCUGAGCUGAUCGGGGAGAUCUUGAAUCAGGUGGUGCGCUUUUUCGGCAGCAGUGUGGUCGUUUUGCUUCAGGAAGUCCAAGGAUGGCCUGAAGAUCCGGGCACCGCGGGGUGGAGCAUUCGACAUAAAUCUGGAGAUUACGUCGCGAUAGCUUGGCCACACACGCUGGCCUUGAAUUCGUCAUUCUCUCAUAGUAGCAGGCAUGCGAUGGGAACCAUCUUCGGGUCUACUUGCAUAGCGUGUUGCUAUUUACCUUGUGGUAAAGACGUUGCAGAGUUUUCGGAAGCUUUGAAAGAAUUGGAAUCAGUAAGAACUUGGGCGUUUACGCAUGGGGUGUCAUCGUUUCUGUUUGGGGGUGACUUGAACACGACUCUACCGACGGACCUGGGACGUAUUACGGGGAAGAGGGGGCUGGCUGCACCGAUGAAGGAGGAGGGCAGGAGAAGACAGGAUUUACUCAUUGAUAUUCUGGACCGUUGGAAACUACGGCUGGCCAACACUUUCGGGGAGCCGGGGGCGAUUCAGGACAUCCGGACGUUUUCCCAUCUCAGCCAGAAUACCGGCAGCUUCUUAGACUUCGUUGCCAUUCCGCAGGCGUGGGGGCACCGCGGCUGA